GACAGGAUAAUCCAGUACCCAAUAUAAGAAUCCAGGCCAGGGGAGGGGAGGCUUCCUUUAUAAUCCGAAAGAAAGUCCAUUAGGCCUUCGGUUUCGUUUUCUCUCCUAUAAUCGUCACUUUUUUUUAGGUUUUUUUCUUUUUGUGGCUCAGCAUUUCUCAGAUUGUUGGUUAUGCUGGCUUGAGUUGUGAAUCUGGUGAACAAAGAUGGCAAAGAAGAAGAAUCCCCUAGUUUUUAUGGAUGUGUCAAUAGAUGGUGAUCCUGCUGAAAGAAUGGUUUUUGAGCUCUUUCCUGAUAUUGCUCCCAAGACUGCAGAAAAUUUCCGUGCCCUUUGUACAGGAGAAAAGGGCAUUGGUCCUAAAACUGGAAAGCCAUUGCACUACAAGGGUUCCUUUUUCCAUCGAGUCAUGAAAGGUUCCCUGGCCCAGGGUGGUGAUUUUGUAAGAAGAGAUGGAACUAGUGGGGAAAGCAUAUAUGAUGGGAAGUUUCCAGAUGAAUCACCUAGGCUAAAGCAUGAUGGACCUGGUCUUUUAUCCAUGGCAAUUGCUGAUCGUGAUACUGUUGGUUCACAAUUUGUUAUCACCUUCAAGGCUAAUCAUGACCUUGAUAGAAAGUAUAUAGUCUUUGGACAGCUUGUACAAGGAAAUGAAGUGCUGAAGAAAAUUGAAAAUGUGGGUGAUGAGGAAGGAAUACCAACUGUGACAGUGAAAAUUAUUAAUUGUGGUGAAGUCAUUGAAGACAAGAGGAAAAAUAAGUUGAGAACGGGCAAAGAUGCUUCUUCUGGUGCUAACAAUUAUGAAGUGCGGAGGAAGGGGAAAAAUAAAAAAUCUUCAAGAGACAAAAGAAAGAAGAGAAGAAGACAUUAUUCGUCUGAUUCAGAUAGUUCCUCAGAUUCUGAGAUAGAAUCAUCUGAAUCUGAUAGUGAUUCUGACUCAUAUCUCUCAUCUUCCUCUGACAUUAGUUCCUCAAGUGAUGAUGGGCACAAAAAGAGGAAGAGAUAUUUUAAAAGAGGAAAAUAUAGGCGUGGAAAAAAGAGAGAGAGACGACGUGACAAAAAGAGAAAAAGGCGUGAUAAGAGAUCAAAGCGUAAAUCAAGAAGGGCAUCAGAUAGCCUUACAGACGAUGACAGUGAGAGUAGCAGGGAAAGCAGCAGUGACAAUGAUGAUCAAGGAAAACCACAGAAGCAUGAAGGGCAUUCUCAGAAAAGUGUUGGGAACCAAUCCCCUUCUGCUACAGAGAGAGCAAUUCCUCACAGAAAGACUGAAGAGGCUGGUUUGGUGAAGGAGUGUGAAGCUCCUAAGGAAAAUGGAGAGCGAAAGAGCAAUGGCAUUGAAGAAGAUACUAAAUCUGACAGAGGUGCAGAGAGACAACCUGAUGUGGUAGAUGAUCGCCCGAGCAAAUCUAGGAGCAGAAGUGCAAGUCCUAAGAGGACCAUGAGUAAGAGUAUAAGUCCAUGGAGGAGUCAAAGACGGUGCCCAAGUCUAAGCCCAAGGCGAAGUGUGAGCAGGAGCCCAGUUGCAAGUAGAAAUCCUCCAUGUUUUCCAGAAAGAAGUGGGAGCAGGAAUCCUGCUAGAAGCAUCAGCAGAAGCCCAACGAGGGCUAGAAAGAAUAGAAGCAUCAGUAAGAGCCCAGUUAGAGGACAUCCUCGAAGAACCAUUGGUAGGAGCCCUGUAAGGUCCCGGUCCCGGUCCCGAAAAAGCCCAAGUAGGAGCCCACCCAGGUCAACAGGAAAAUCAAUUAGUAGAAGCCCUGUUAGACUUUCAAAAAGAAGCACAAGUAAAAGUCCUGCAAGAUCUUCUCGGAGAAGCAUUAGCAGAAGCCCCAUAAGGUCUAGGAGAAGCACUAGCAGAAGUCCUGUAAGAUCUUCUAGGAGAAGCAUAAGUAGGAGCUCUGCUAGGGCUCCUACUAGGAGAAGCAUCAGCAGAAGUCCAUUAAGGGAACCAAGUAGGAACUAUCGUCGUAGUUAUUCAAGGAGCCCCACCACUGUGCGGCGGGUAAGGUCACCUCCUGGUCGAGGUAGAAGUAUGUCAACAAGUGUUUCUCCUGACGCAUCACCUAAGCGUAUCAGAAGGGGUCGGGGUUUCAGUGAGCGCUACUCUUAUGCACGAAGAUACAGAACCCCUUCUCCAGAUCGUUCUCCUGUGAGGUCCUAUCGUUUCAGUGGCAGGAUUGAUCGUGAGAGGUAUUCAAGUUACAGGCGGUAUUCACCUAGGCGCUAUAGAAGCCCCCCAAGAGGAAGAACUCCUCCAAGGUAUAGAGGCAGAAGAAGCCGGACAAGAAGUCUGUCUGUAUCACCGAGCCCGAGGUAUAGAAAUCGUCGCUAUGGUCAUAGCCCAAGUCGUAGCCCAAGUCGUAGUCGAACCUCUAUUCGCAGCCGUAGCCCAAGUCGAAGUCGAACCCCUAUUCGCAGCCGUAGUCCAGUAGAUUCUCCAAGGGCUGGAAGGCGAAGGUCCCCUUCACAGAGCAGGAGCCGAUCAGAAUCAAGGUCUUCGUUAAACUCUCAGUCUCCAAAGAAGGUGAGCAAAGCGAAGUCAAGGUCAUCAUCAGGAAGUCCAGACAGUGGAAGGGGACUGGUCUCUUAUGAUGAUGGUUCACCUGAUUCAGGAAGGUGAAAUAGAGUGAAAGUUGGUUGAAGAUUUUUGUUUAGUGUUUGAUGAGCCCCAUCUUCUGUUGAUGCACUGAACUGUGCUGUUUUACGAACUUCUUGUCUCUGAUUUGUGUUGUUGCCAGAGGUUGUGGUCAGUAAUUACAUUAAUCCGAUUCUAAGUAUUUUCAUUGAGAUGGUUGUUGUUGUUGUUGUUGGCCUGUCAUGCUUAUUUAGGAUAAUUUUACUUCGUUAUAAAUAAAAAUAAUGAAUAGUAUGCGAACCUUGUUGCUGUUAGGGGUUAGGAAGAGUCUCUGUAUUUGUUAGUGCAGUAGCAUCAUCCCCAAGAAUCUUGUGUAGCUUUAUAGAGUCUGUUGUUAGUUGUAGCUUUUAAUUAAUGUGUUGGACAAAUUUUCCUUCAAUUGAUGACCAUCGGGAACUAGUCUUCUAUUUUA